UCUAAUUAACCGUUUUGUGUAACGUGGCAGCAAGUCACAGGUUUUCCUCUCUGAAACAGUACUUCUCAGUGUUGCGGUUGAGCUCGAGAGCAGACCGGGUGACUUUCCUGGCUAGCCUGGUUAGCGCAUGUCAUUGGAUCCUCGGUCGUGUAGUCUGUUCCAAUGACUACAAUACGCGAAGCACUCGCUGCAGUCCGCGGAGAGACCGAAGCCACGGUUGCUCCCAUCCUUCAAGCUCUACAAGCUGAAGGUUUUGAUGUGGACGCUGAGGCGGGAGACGCGUUUUGUCUUCUUGACGUUAGUUAUCUGCGAUCACACCUUAAUCUCCGGCAGCUUACCGCCCUGAAGGCAGCCAUCAAAAUGGCCCCCCUGCACGUUGGUCGUCAGACAACGCUCUGCACGUUGUCUGGCGACCGUGUCUAUGAUGCGCUGAUGCUGGCACCAGCAACGCUGCUGCAGGAAUAUGCCAAGCAAGCUGGCCUGAGGUUAUGGAUGGGCCCCUGGUCCUAUGUGGAGCUGGAGGCAGCACGUGGCAUCAUGUUCUCUUCGGUCAGCAAAGCUAAACUGUCAGAGCUGUAUGCUCGGUGGGGCGGCAUCCCACGUUACGUCCUGAAGUACGCAGCCAACCCCGAACUGCAGGAGGAGCUUGAUGCAGCGGUGGCAACCGUUAAUAUGGAUCUCUUGUGGAAAUCCGUAGGCAACAUUGAGGCUGCACCGGAUGUCAGCCACAAACUGAUCCACGUCGAG